CAGCCAAUAAGAGAAGUUCUCCCUCUUGGCUCCCCUCUCCGCCCCAAAACGUUAUAGUGGUUUUCUUCGGCUUUGGAGCCCGUGACUGUCGUUGAUACACAUUCGCAUACACACGCGCCAACAAUACGCAUUCGUCACCACCGCCGCCGCCGCCGCCGCUUCCGGUCGGACGUCACCCCGCACGUUUGUUCUUGGGGGUUUUUUUUUAUCUAAUUUUUUAAUUCGUUUUGUGAGAUGUAAAGUGAUUCAUGUUCUGCUUAUCAUCGUAGUGCCGUCAUUGUCGAUCGCGCAACUGGCCCUAAGUCACAGGAUAUCUCUUUACCUGUGAACUGGAUGAAAAAUACAAAAUACAAUACUAUUCAAAAUUGGCCGUGUUAAGCAGAACCCCGUCCGUGCAGUAGCUGUCGGCGAAACCGAUUCGCUAGACUCGCACAAGGAUAUGCUUAAUAGCGACCCGUCUCCAGACAUAGAAAGCCGAACAGAUCCAGUAAAAAUGGCAACUGAAGCCGGAAGUCCUCGAAGACUGGGACUUAAUUUAAACUUGAGCGUACAACCACAUGCAUAUCAUUGGCCUCACUCGACGGUCGUUGAUGCAUCACCGCCAAGGUCAAAUGGUGCCGCCACCGACGAUGAAGAUGACAGGGAUCAAAUGAUGGAUGAUGAUGACGAUUGUAGACAAGAUGAAGACUGUACGCCUGAAGAAGAACAGGACAUAUUAGAGAUGCAGCGCGAAGAACGUGAAACACUCAAUCAGUUGGCUAGACAAUUGGCUUCUGGAUCUAGAUUGAUGGCACCAAUGUUACAGCAUUUGGUAUACCAACAUCCCGGUCUAUCUGUUCAACCAGUUUUGCAACACCAGCAACAGCAAUUGUCUAUGUCCGGUGGAUCUGGAUGCGCUACCGCUUUAUCUCUAACUACCUCACACAGACAGUCAAUGACCGCCGACUUGUCACCAAAAUCAAGUCACUCAGGCGACACACAAGGACAUCCAAAUGAUAUGCAUUCGCCUUCUAUGAGUCGAAACAAUGAAGCUCAAUCAUGGACGUUUGAAGAACAAUUUCGCCAGUUAUACUCGGCCGGUAAUGAAGCAGAUAGACGUACUUUUUUGGAUUCAUUGUUUAGUUUCAUGCAAGAACAAGGUACACCUAUAAGUCGUCUGCCGAUAAUGGCCAAACGCGUGCUUGAUUUGUAUACCUUAUACAAACUAGUUGUCCAAAGGGGUGGAAUAGUAGCGGUUAUUACUAAAAAGUUGUGGCAAGAAAUCAUUCGUGGUUUGGGGUUACCGCCUUCAAUUACAAGUGCAGCGUUCACACUACGAACACAGUAUGUCAAGUACUUGUACGCUUACGAGUCUAGAAUGAAUCAGUUUAGUACACUGGAAGAGUUGAACAUGGCUAUUGCUGGAAAUAGGAGAGAAGGCAGACGAAACAAGUCGCUUAUGUACUCCGACAUGCCACCUCCGCCUCCUGGUCACCAUCCUCAUCAUAUGCAUCCUAGUACGCCGACAUCAGGUCACCAUCAUCAGCAUCCACAGCACCACUAUGCCAAUGUGCUAGCCGUCGAUGACCGGUUUAGGCACUUAGCCGCAGCUAUUAUCGACAAUCACAACCAUGCUGCAGCAGCAGCAGCGGCGGCGGCCGCGGCCGCUGCAGCAGUGGCUACUUCUGAAGCAGGUUCUUCAGCCGCGGACCUGCACUCGAAAUUGAGGAAACCUCUUAGUCCACAGUCUCAAGAUUGUAAAACUUCAAUACUGCCAAUGCAACAAGUGCAACAAGUGCCACAACCGUCACUCCCGCCGUCAUCGACCAUCGCCAACGCAAUGACACCGCCGUCGUUGUUUAACGGACACCACAAUUCAUUUCAACACCAUUCGCAGCAACCACAACAGCAACAAUUGUCAACCGUUCCUAGUUCUUUGCAGUCUACUGCUGAGCAAACCAAUAAACAAAGAGAAUUACUUAGCAUGCUCAUGUGGAUGGAUAUAGUUAGAGCAAAUCAAAGUGGCUUACCUAGACUACCUAUACCAAAUAUGCCAACUAGUCCUACGGCAUAUACGACCACUUCAGCAUUAAAUCUGACACCAGCAUACAAAAGCCCAAUGAUGACAGUUGCUGCUGUACCUGAACAAAGUGAAGCACUAAAUUUGGGCAAAAAAAGGAGUGUCAAUAAUGCCAACAACAACAAUAAUAUUGAUGAUGACGAAGACUCUUCGGUCAAGAGGGUAAAAACUGAAAGAUCGUCGCCGCCAGCGAGUUACUCCAGUGGUAUGGCUGAUGCUGAAGAGGAUGAAAGAGGUGAAGUUGAAGAAGAGGAGGAGCAAGAAGAAAAGUUGGAAGAUCUGAGAGCUAGAAGUUCCCCAAAAUCUGUUCACGAUCACCGAGACAAUGGUUCUAGACGGACCUCGCCGGUCAACUAUCAAAGUACACAAGACGAUGUAGUCGAAAUGGAUAUUAGCACAACGCUUUCUGGUACGUCUGGCAAUAACUGUUUGGCUAUUUGCGUGACACGAAGAACGAAAAACGGCAUUUAUAGAGGUCAACUCACAAAAAGCAACACCUUAAUGAAUGGAGGUUUGAACAAUAACGCUAACCCGUUCGUUUUACAUUUAAAUGGAGAUUUGUAUACCGGACACUUACAGUUGCAAGCCAGCAGCAAUUAAAUUUCAAUUGAACAGGGACAAUUUGAUUGAAAUUUUACUGUGUGUAAUUUUUAGGAGACAUAAAUUCUAUCGUUGUUCAUGUAUAAUUUUAUUUAUAUAAUUGUAGAAAAGUUUAAAUAAUAGAAUUAGACUAAAACGCAUUGUAUAUAGCACACUAAGUGUUAUAUUAUGCAAAUGUAUUAUUUGUAAUAAUAUUUUGCUUAAAUAAGGAUACUUUUAAUUUUUUAUUUUGUACAAUUAUAUUUUAAUGAAUUUUCGACUGAAUAACGUUUAAUUGGCUAUUAUUAUACGGGUUUUCUACUUUAAUUCUACUUGUUCAAUUACAUUUUAUACUUGUGAUGCUUAAAUCUUCAAUAUAUUAUUCGGAUCAUAUCAAUUGAUGUAUGAUUUAUCUUCAAUUAGCCAAAUAGAAGUCUGCCUCAUAUUGCUAGAAGUCGCGAUUGUUAUAUAUUUUUUUAUUUUUCCAAUAUUGUAACGUGCGUAUGUUAACCGAAUCGAAAGUAACUCAUCAAAAAGGAUUCAAGGUCAUUUAAAUGAAACUAGACGCCUGUCAAUGUCCUACAAAAGUUCAAACUGCCUGUUAUUUAUAAUGAAUGUCGCCGUUGCAGUUAUUUUCGAAAUUUCUUUUCAAACCUUUUUUACCCUGAAAAUUCGGACCAAACGUUAUUUCCACACGUUUUGCCCAUUUGUGUAUUGCGCUACUAUGUUUGCUCGUGACAUCAAGACUUUUAUAAUUUUAUUAUACAUUUUAAUGGGAAAAGCAAGAGAUAAAAUUAUUUAAUUCGGAUGAUUGCAUACACCAAGUAUAAAUUAGAUAUGCUUGUAGGUCAUAGUUUCAAUUAAUUAAUUAGUAUGAAAUGACCACACGAUUGUGGUAAUUGGUUGGAGUAAUUUUACUCGCAAUGUUCUUCUUAUAGAUAUGUACCUUUACGACUUUUGAAAAUAUCAAAUAAAAUUAUAGCAAUAUCUAAUUAUUAGUAUCUUGUAUAAAUGUAGAUUAUGAUUUGUUUUUUUAAUAUAUUUUUUUAAUGUAGUUCCUAUUUGAUAAUGUAAUUCGUAUGUUUGACUCGUUUACUUAGUAUGGCUAAUAUUUAUAAUGUGUGUCUACCGAUUCGAAGAUUCUGCAUAAUGAACUAAGAUCUCAAGUACAAAUAAGCCAAUGUCUCUUACGUCAAUUAUGUGAAUAUGUUAUUGCAAUAGGACGUAAUGAGACGUUGAGAAUAAUACUAAUAUUAUUACUAUUUCUUUUUAUAUACUAUAAUUUCAAUAAUAUACUUAAUGAGUUUGUCAAUAUAGUUGAUCUGUUAAUUUUUUUAGUGUAACUAUACGUAGAUAUCCUUUUUUGUUUUAAAUGUAAAAAUUAUGAUACACUAUAAUCUAUGUAGAUUAUAAUGAAUAUGGUAAUGGCAUCAUCUUAUUGUUAAUAUUUAACAUAAUUAUUUAUAAAUCACAUAAGCUUUAAAAUAAUAUAUUAUAGAUGUAAUAUUAUUAUAAGAUAAAUAAUAUAAUUAGUUGUAAAAUCUAAUGUUAACUAUU